AUGGCGAUGUCAACAACUAGCAAGACUCUGAAUCUUCUUUCACUUAAUAAUUCCCAAUCUCUAUAUCAUGUUAACAGGGUGUCUGUUGGAGAUUCAAGAAGGCUCAUUGUUGGAGAGCAGAGAAGAAUAUCAGGUGAUCAGAGGAGGCAUGUAAGUGACUUAAGGAGACCUUUAAGUGAUCAAAGGAUUGAAAGGAGACUCUCUGGUGACCAGAGAAGGUUAUCAGCGGAUCAGAGAGGCAUAUCUGGUGAUCAGCGGAGAGUUUCAAUAGAUGCAUUAGGAGUACGGGGUAGAGGCGGAGGAUUAACAGUACAGAGGCUUUCACUGAUGGAGAGACUUGGGGCACCGCCUGCUAAGAGACCUAACCUGGGAAGUCCAUUUAGCAGGCUAGGAGGAAGAGUUGGACCAAGGAACCGAGCCCCCAGUGAUGAUGAGGAUGAGGACAUGGAUUAUAAGCCUCUUGUUCAAUCUUCCGUGGUAACUACCCUAACAACAGUGACACAAAAAACUCGCCAACAGACCAUCAAAGAAGUACAGAAAGACAAGAAGAGUGUUGAUAGGAAUAAGCGAAUGUUUGGUCACCUAUUAGGCACCCUGCAGAAGUUCAGAGAUGAAAGUGAUUCGAAGACAGACAAGGAUAAAAGAAGAAAGGAGAUUGAGAAGAAGCUAGAAGAGAAAGCUGUAGAAGAGAAGAAAGCUGUGGCAGAAGAGAGGAAACUAUUAAUGAAAGAGCGGAAAGAUAAACAGGCAGAGCUCAAUCGUUUAGAACAGUUGGUUGAACUCACUCAAGAGCACAAGGAUUGGGAUGUUCACUCUGGCCUUUUGAGUAACUUCAUCCGCACAAGGGCAAAACCCUACAUCUUCUACAAACCUGCCAAAUGGACUCUGGGUACAGAGAAACUUUUCAAAGAAUCUAAGCAGAUAUUAAGUGCUGCUGUUGAGAAGCGUAAAGAUGAGCUUGCAAUAGAGAUUGCUGAGUUAGAAGGGAAACCCAAGAAAGAAGAGAAAAAAGAAGAAGAUGGAGAAUCUACGGACCGGAGAAGGAGCGGAGAGGACAGAAGGAAGAGUGGCGAGGAGAGAAGACGGAGUGGGGAAGAGAGAAGACGUCGUCAUAGUAACCGUGAUGAGGUAAAGGGUAAGAUGGAUGAUAGGGAUAAAUCACAUAGGGGAGAUAGUGAGAAGCAUGGAAGUGAUGAGAAACGAAGAGACAGGAAGAGGACAAAGCAUGAAGAUGAAAAAGAAGCUAAGGUCUCCAAACCUAAAGACAUUAAUGAAGAAAAUCUUCACUCUUCCAAAGACACAGAAGAUAAACCUGUGAAAGAGACAACUGCCGAAACCGUCCUUGAUCACCCUGAAAAAGAAGAAGAAAAGGAAGAUGGUGAAGGUAACGAUGGUAAGAUGGAAGGUAAGUAUGAAGAAGAGAUGAAGGUGGAGGAUGUUGGGGACGUCAUGAAAGAAAAUGGUCAGGAUAAAGAAAGUAAAGAGGGAAAGGAGGAAGGAUUGCAAGGGCUGGCUGAUGAAGAAUGGGGUAAUGUAGGAUGGGGUGAUGAUGAUGAUGCUGUAGAGAAACCAGCAGCAACUGAUAGUACGGCAGGUCAAGUAGACGAGGGUCAGAAUGAUCAAGAACAGUUGGACUAUAUUUAUGAUGACCUGUGAAGGCUUGCUUUCGAUAUUAAGUCCUCAAAUAUUGUCUUCAAAAUACCUAGUAUCAUUAUUUCAUGAUUUUUAAGGAUUUGUCUUUGAAGGGAGUAGUUCAUUGAGAAACCAUCGGCUAUCAUUUGAUUUGUAAGGUUGAAUAAUAGAUUCAUGAAUUUUAUCCAUCCUCCACAAUUGGGAUAAGGAUGGCUUGUGAUAUGCAACCGGUCAUUAUGAUGGUUUUUAUUCAGGAUUCAACUUCAAAAAUAAAAUCAAUAAUGCAGGUUUCAUCUAAAAUGAUUUAUCUUAAGAAUGACCAUCUUUCUUGACUUUCUAUUUGAUGUCCUCCAUUUUCUUCUCUUUUUCCCUUCAAGUUAGAUAACAUUGCACUUGAUAUCGGGAUGCAUUCAAGGGAAAUGCCAACUCCAUUCAUACAGCCAGUAGUUAGAAAGCAGUGGAGGGUAAAUAUUUGAUAUGAAGAAAGGAGAGAGAGAGAGAGAAAGGGUGGGGGAGGGAGAAGGGGAGAUUAUUGGGGGUAGACAGAAAUGAAAUUGAAGGAGGGAACUACCUUUUCGAUGUGCCAUUUAUACAGCUUAAUAAUCUUUCAGUGUGAAUUUGUAAAAUCCAGGAAAGCAAGCGAUUCGCAUUUCUUCAUUUCAUAUAACUCGAGCUAGUGUGUAAUACUGGGUUGUCUUUUUUUUAAGGGGGGGGGGUGGGGUGGGGUUAAUAACAUUAAAAACAUUUUUAGAUUCAAGUUUAUAUACAAUUGUUUUCAAGAAAAGUUUAAAUCAAUGAAUACCUCAUUCCUAUUCACAAUGACUUCACACUGCCAUGCAGUGGGCCUUUGUAAUUUUCUAUUCGCGUACACUUUCAAAACGUUAUUUAGAUGGUCGUCAAAAUAGUCUAGCUUUUGUGACUCUUUAGUUGAAUGGGCAAAAAUGUGUGUUCAUUCUACAAACACCUAUUAGGCAAGUGUGUAGUGCACUGUAGCUACAUGUAAAUGCAUCUCUGCAACAUACAGCCAUUUAUGUCUCAUUUUCUCAUAAAUUUACUUUUGAAUAAUUUAUAUUCCAUGAAGUACAUCUCAUGGUAAUGGCAUAGGCUUCUAUUUUAAUGCAUGUUUGGCCGAGAGGGAAAUAUGACCAAACUCUGAUAGGCUAGUGUGCUCUGCAGGAUUUGAUUUUGGUGCAAGCACCAAAGACCUCUCUUUUUUCCUCAAACCACCAAUUCCAUCAAGUUUUCAUGAAUAAACGACCAAGAAACUUACUAUUUGCUCCCAAAAUGACCUUUUUUGAAGAAAACAAUCAUGCUGGUGUUUCUGGGAUUUAAAUGCAGCCAUAAUCUGAUUAUUUUAAAACUUACAAACAUUCCUGACAAUAGGAAGAUAUAGAAAGCAGCAGGUAAGAGAGAGAGAGAGAUUUUAUGAGAGUGGAGUGGGAAAGAAAGCCUUUGCAUAUUUUAGAAUCAAGUCAAAUCAAGAUUUGAUUAGAAAUUUAAUGUUUAAUGAAAUAUUCAGUUUUUUUUUAAAUAGGAUGCAGGUGUGAAAAAAAAAUGUAUGAAUUGGUUAUUCCUGUGAUUUUCCUAAAUAUAUCCAAACUUGUACUUCAAGAAAUUUUCCAGUAAAUCACAAGGCAAAAUUAAAUGGGUUGAGAAAGGCACUGUAAAAAUAUCAGAUAACUCUUCCUAUAAUAAUCUUUCACUUGUUCUUGUUAUAUGUAAUGUACUUCUUGUAUACUCUGACAACUUGUGGGUGUGUAUUGUGUGUAUACUGCUUGAGUGGUAAGAAAUUGACAUUUUGCACUAGUCAUGUAUGGAUUAAUAUUAUUUUAUUUAUAUUGCACUGUUGAAUAUUUUAUGAUCAGUGUGAAGAUAAGUUGGGCAUAUAUCGUGGCAGUAUUUAAGAGUGUAUUUGAAAGCAAAAAGCCACAUAUUUUGGACAUUUGAAUCGGUCUAUUAAUGCCAUACAAGAGAAACAGAAAAAGAGUCAUUAAAAACAAAUGGCUGUUAUGGACUAAAGAGACUGGCUUUCACUAUACACUGGUGGUCACUAAUAUAGGGUUUACUAAAUGAAGCCUGUGGUUAGCAUUAUAAAUCCCAAAAAUAUGUCUAUCUCCAUUUCAAUUCAUUACUAGACUGUAUGAAUGUGUUUGCCCAGGAGAUAAGAAAUAAAACUGCAUUUUACAAGAUGAAUUUUGCAUUUUUACAUGAAAAUCUAUUUCAUUCUGGUGCCCGAGGCGAUCAAAUAAAAUGUUUGCGUGUUUUCUUUCUGUUUGAUGAAUAACUUUUUAUUUCUUAGCAUGGGAAGGGAGGAGAAUAUCAGAAUAUACUCUCCAUAAGAUAAGUGUUUAGGGCAUUUUAGGAGAAAAAUAGAAUUAUCGUUUUUAUUAUUAUUGAGAAAGGGCAGAAGAUAUCUCAGAUUUAAAUAUUUGAUAUUAUCACAGAGAAAUUGGCUGUUGGAUGAAACUGUAACUGCUCUAUACUUCUGCAAGAUUGGCUUGUUAGACAAUACUCAAUUAUAAUUCACAUUUCUGACCCUUUACCAAAGCUUAAAUUACUUUUCUUAUAAUUACCAAUGUAGUCCCAUAUGAGAAGUUAAAUCCUACGUAGUCUUUUCACUUUAAAAUUGACUCAAUUAUAAUUCACGUUAUCACCCGUAUCAGACAUCUGAGCUGGUAAUUUACAAAACCAUAUUGCCCUAGAUUUUCUGAAUAUCUGGAAGGGAUAGGUAUAUUGUUUGUAGUUUGCUCGGUCUUUAUGCGCGUAUUGACUUUGCAUGCAGAGACGACGCAAAAUAUACUUUUGUAUUUUCCCUGGUCUCGCAUCCGGGCAUUUAAGGAUGCGUAGAAAGAGAUAUGCUUCAUAAUAAUCUGCGCAGCAAAAAUAUGCAUCACAAGAAAAACACUGAAUCCGGGCGCUGGAUAUGCGUCCUUAGUGACGCUAUCUUAUAAUUACAAGUUCGUCAUAAUGGUAAAGUGCAGAGCCUGGCCCCUGGUAUUUAACAUGACAAAGUAGAACCAUAUUCUUAAAAGAAAUAUAUCAAUUUUCAUAAUUUUUGCUCUAGAUGUCUGAUUUAGAUGAUAAUAUAAAUAUUGACUGGCUCUUCUUUCGGGAACAUCAAAUAUUUUGCCCUUAAAAGAACCAUAUUGCCCUCGUCUAAUGACUCAAGCCAAUAUGAUUCUGUUGCGGACAAUAUAUUUGAUGUUCCCCUCAAGGCCAGUCAAUAUUAUAUCAUUAUUGACCCUUUACUAAAGCUUGAAUUACUUUUCUUAUAACUACCAAUAUAAUCCUAUAUGAGAAGUUACAUCCUACUAAGUGUUUUCAGUUUAAAAUUUACUUUUGUUUCCUAAUUUCUACAUAUUUAGUUCAUUUAAUUUGAAGGGGAAAAAAAUUAUGUAUAUUUUGAAAUUUGUUUUAUUUCAGAUCCCUUUCUUCCCAUAAAUGAAUUUGUUUUAGAAUCUGGAAUUUUCCCACCUUUUUUUUUUAAGGGGGGGGAUUGAUAGUCCAUCUUGAAAUUUUUGACAUAAAUAUUUGCAAUAUUUUAGGGGGAUUUCCUUGUUUCUUGGAAUUUCUCAAAAUUACAACUUUUUUUUUGUUUACUGUAAAAAAAAAUCCUCAUUACAUCAAUAGCAUUAGUAGUUUUGUUCAUAUAUCCCUUGAUUCAAUUUCUUGUUUAUGAAGCUUACCUAAUAUAUUUUUUUAAGGACUCACCAAAAGUUUCAAUCACAGCAUUUGUAUAUUUUUCCUUUUUUUGAAGAGGAAAACUUAAUUUUGAAAUGUCCAAAUGCAAGGGGACAGUGUGUAAAGCCCAAACAUUGUGCAAAGAGAGUACUGUUUUUCCAUUCUGUCUGGCAAGUGUCUUGAGUGCUGAUUUUCUGAAACUUAUUGAUCAAAUUUAGUCUUACAUGUAAAAUUUUGUUCAAUCCUUACUUUGACGAGGAGUGGAUACUGUUGUAUACUGGCAUUGUAAAUUAAUGGUAGAUAAAUUUACUUCAUUGAAAAUUAAUUUGUGCUAUAUUCCUUGUAUCUAGUAUUAUUACUAUUGGUAGAGUAUAUAUACCUGCAUACAUUGCCAAUUGUUUAACAUGAUAGUUAUGCAACAUCUUUUGCUAAUGCCUCAUUUCCACUGUCCUUUGAUCCGUUACGAAUGCCACAAUUGGCCUUUUGUAACUGAUCAUGAAUAUUAUUGGAUCAUUCAGAUCGCCACGACUGAUGUUAUCUGAUACAAUCACAUUGUGGCGCAAAUCUUGACAGUGAGAACUAGGUAUUAAGCAGAAGCUGCUAUCACUUAUCUUUUCCAAACCAAUGGGUUAAUUAUAAUAGCAAUUAAGUUUAGUGAUAAUUAGAAUUCAGCUAGGUUCAGGGGCAUUGCUAGAUCUUCUCAAAAUUAGAUAAUAAUCAAUGAAUCUGUUUAAAAAAAGGUCAACUCUUAUGGGGAGUUGCAAGAAACUUGCGAUCAAUUGCAAGUCAAUUUUCCCUAAAUCAAGCAUAUGCCGUGCAAUUAAUUGCAAAUUUGUGAUUGACCGCUAAUCUGCUUCAUGAAACAAGGAGUGUAAUCUGAUUUGCUAUAGUUAAAAGUGAUCAAUCAAUCGUAACAUUGCAAUGGAAUAUUUGCGAUUGAUUGCAAAUAUUUUCUUGCAACACCCCCUUGGAUUGCCUGACCUGCUCCUCACAAGUCACAUUUUCUAGCAACGCUCCUACUCAGAAUAUUGUGCUUUACAGUGUAUAUUGAUAUGUAUAAUAAAUUACUACCUUUUAUUUCAGUUGAUUUAAAAACAAUU